UCCCAGUGCUUUACCAUACUCGAACAGAGAAUUUGUUUGUUCAUUCCCACCGGAAUUGCUCUAACUGCUUCUGGUUUCCAAAGGAAAUUGAAUUCGCAAGAAGGGAGAAGUGAACACCGAGGAAGUGACAAAAUCAAUGAAUCAGAGAGGUGCUACUGGUGGUAGUGAUGGUGAAACGGCAAGAAUUAUAGUCGAAUUCCUUGAAGUUGCCAUUAAUACAAUCGUUUUCCUUAAAGGAGUUUACCCAUCUGGUGCUUUCGAGAGAUGCCGUUAUAUGAAUGUUGUGGUUCAGAAAUCACGGCAUCCCCAACUCAGAGACUACAUCCAUUCCACUGUCCACAACCUUCGACCCUUUAUUCAAAAGGGCUUUGUCGAGAGGGUGGCAGUCAUUUUCUUUAACAGUGAUAAUAUCCCGUCCGAGAGAUUCGUGUUCAAGUUUACUGUGAGCAAUCUCUGUAGCUCUAGUGUUGAAGAAGGUAGUGUGGAGUCUUAUCUAAGGGAAUUCCUUGUCAAGCUGUUGGCUUCUGAGCCCCUCACCAAAGUUAUCUCGAUGGACUGCAGGUGGGAGAUAGUUGGUUACUUUUCAACCCUGCCUGAAGAGGCCAUAGGAAGUGAAGAGGCAAAGUUGUGGACUUCUACGCACACCAAGCAGUGGCAGCAGCCUGCACUUAUAACUCCCAUCAAGUCAAUGAGCAGUGAACCCUUAAACAUGCAGUUAUAUCUGGAACACCCAAAUUUGUCUGAACAAAAUUCUAGUUUGGUGAUAGAAGAUUCUCCGGAUAGAGUGACAUCAAGUUCUCCCUCAUUAGAUGGUUUUCAGCCUGUUGUGCGCGGUUCUAAGAAAUAAUAUGCUUUGGAUGAGUUCAUUGUUGUAUUAUUUCUUCUUCUUUGUUAUUGUUUUUUGUUUUUGUUUUGUUGUUGCCUGCUUCUCUAUUCAAGAGGUUCUGACUUUAUGUCCCCUCCUGUUUUUGUUUUUCUUUUAAUGUAUUAAUGAAUUCUCCUUGUGA